AUGGAUGGGAUAGAGAAUCCGCUGCGGCGUCUGUGGCUGAAUGAGCUCCCGGCGCUGCUCGCCGUCGCCCUCUCGCUCCGCCACCCUGUCCCCUCUGCCGGCCGCGCCGCCGUCCGCCUCUCCGUCUCUCCGCUUCCCGGCGCGCCGCAAGUGGCGGCGCCCGGUGUGGCGCCAGCGUGGUGGGCAGAGUGGCUCGAAUGGACACCAGAGAUGCAGCUGGCUGCCAUCGUGGACAUGCAGUCGAGGGCGAGCCCUGAAGACCAGCGGCGCGCGCAGGACGCCUUCGACGACGCGUGGCGUCGCGCGAGCGCUGUGGGCGCCGACGCGGAGCAGGCUGGCCGCGAUGCUUAUGUCGCUGCUCUCGCGACGCCCACCGCGCCUUUCGCCGCUCUGGGCGGCGAAGGAGGCGAGGGGGGGCGGGAGGAGAACAAGGCGGCGGCGCUCCUGCGGCAGGUCAAGGCCGCGGGCGUCGCCGGCUCGAUCUCCUACGCGUUUUGGGAGGUCGCCUUUUGGGCUGCCUCGGUGCCGGUCUGCCUCGUCGCGUACCACCAGGCGACCGGCCAGUGGCCAGACCUCUCGGACAACGAAGACAAGGCGUACCUGGGCGCAGAGGCGUUCGCCUUUGUCAACCUGGCCAGGUUCGUGGUCCCUGUCCGCAUCUCGCUCGCUCUGGCGACAACGCCCUGGUGCGGACGGCCAGACGCUGUCUGGAGCGCGAGGUUGCCCGAGGCCGCGUGGCUCGCGGGCCAGCGCGGCUUGGCAUACGGGGGCGGGUACACGGGCAGGGUGGUCGCGACAUCGCCGGUUGCUGUACCGUCGGUGCAAGGCGGGCGCAGCGCGCCGGAGAUCCUCGCGCAGGGGGUUGCGCGAGAUUAG